AUGGCAAGUGAGGAGGAGAGUGUUCUUGUUCUAGUGCAUUGCUCUGGAAAAAUUAAAAAAAGCAAAAGAUAUGGUGUGAAGUUCACUGACAGAGAACCGGUGAGUGUUUUCAUCAGUUCAACAAGCACGUUGUCAGAUCUAAAGAACAGCAUUUUACAGAAGGUUGGGAUUUCUGGUAGCAAGUUUGUGAAGAAGUUGUUCUACAAGAUUCCCAUUGCAGUUGUCUCGACCCGGGUUCAGUAUGACACCUUUGUGCUAGCGGCUGAUGAAGACAUUAGGGUUCUGUUCCAUUGUGUCAGAAGUUUUCCAGAGGUCAGAAUACACGAGUUAUUCGCAAAGUUGGAUGUUGGGGUGGAUAGUUCUGGGGCAUCAGCUCCAUUACAUAACUCAAGUGGCGUAGGAGGUGCGUCUUGUUCGAUGCCUGUGAUAGCACCGGCUGUUCCGCUAGUGGCAUCCCCAUCAUUCGCGGCUGAUUUAGAUCGAUUGGAGGCUGUUGGUUCUGCACCUUUGCAGGAUCCAGGGGUCCGUGGGCAGGCAUAUGAGGUGGGCACCGGUGGAGGCUUGAUUCCUGAUGUGCAAGGGUUUGGAGAACCUGAUCGAGUAGAGAACGCAAUGUAUGAUGAUGAGUCUGACCAGGAGCCUGUAGAUAUCAUUGGGGACAGUGAUGAUGACACAGGUGGCAAUCCACCUACACGGCAUGGGGCUUCAAGUUCUGGCACUCAGCAAUACCCUCCACACUUCUCGACUCUAAACUUGGAGGCUCUGGGUGAACAGGCGGCUGAUGGUGGUCCCACAGUUGGUGGGUCUUCUACGGAAUUUCAGAUUGGGCAGUCAUUCCAAAGUAAAGAAGAGGCUGUGUUGAGUGUGAAGGACUACAACAUCCGUCGAGGUGUUGAGUACAGGGUCAUCGAAUCAGAUCAUCUGAAAUAUCAUGGAAAAUGCAAGGAGUUUGGCAAGGGUUGCACUUGGUUGAUUCGCGUAGCGCUCCGUGCACGCAAGGGCACUUGGGAGGUUCGGAGGUACAACGGCCCACACACCUGCUUAGCUACGUCUAUAUCGAGUGAUCACCGGCAGCUGGAUUACCACGUUAUUUGUGCGAGGAUUCUUCCGUUGAUUAGGACAGAUGCUGCGGUUACGGUAAAGGUAUUGCAACAAGCUACAGAGGCAGACUACGGUUUCAGGCCUAGUUACAGGAAGGUUUGGCUAGCCAAACAGAAGGCAGUGGCACAAAUAUAUGGAGAUUGGGAAGAAUCGUAUGCGGAGUUGCCACGUUGGAUGCUAGGUGUACAGUCUACCAUGCCUGGGGCAGUUACUGUUCUGAAGACCUCUCCUGUUCGUGUUGGGGGUGAGGUUGAUGAGUCCACGGUGUAUUUUCAUCGACUUUUUUGGACAUUUCCACCGUGUAUCGAGGCAUUUCGGCAUUGUAAGCCCCUCGUCAGUAUUGAUGGCACCCACUUGUAUGGCAAGUAUGGAGGGACGCUGCUAUUGGCCAUAGCGCAAGAUGGGAACUCGAACAUCCUUUCCAUCGCAUUCGCCCUUGUUGAGGGAGAAAAUGCAGAGUCAUGGUCUUUCUUCUUGUCCAACCUACGAUCGCAUGUGACGCCACAGGAGGGCAUCCUUGUUAUCUCUGAUAGGCACAAUGGCAUCAAGUCAGCACUUGAGGCACCUGAGACUGGAUGGCUACCUCCACAUGCCUAUCGUGCCUACUGCAUCCGUCAUGUGGCUGCAAAUUUUGCCCUUACCUUUAAAGGUAAGGAUGCGAGGAGGAUGUUGGUCAAUGCUGCAUAUGCUAAAACUGAAGCAGAGUUUUAUUAUUGGUUUGACAUCAUGCGGUCUGAGAAUCCGACAAUGUGUGACUGGGCCAAUCGGAUGGAAUACGAGAAGUGGACACAACAUGAGGAUAGUGGUAGACGGUUCGGGCACAUGACAACCAACAUUAGUGAAUGUGUGAAUUCCGUGUUAAAGGGAACUCGCAACCUCCCGGUGACAUCGUUGGUUAAGCCAACGUACGGGAGACUUGCAGAGCUAUUCGUUAUCCGUGGACAGACAGCAGAGGCACAACUCGGAUCCGGGCAAGAGUUUUGUCAGGCUUUGGUUAAGGCUAUAGAAAGGAACAUAAGAGAAUCAAGGUGCUUCACAGUGACGUUAUACGACAGGCAUCAAUCCGAGUACACUGUGGCCGAGACAACACCGACUGGGAACCUUUCUCUGGGUAGCUACAGAGUUUCCCUUAAGGACCAAACAUGUGAUUGUGGCCACUUUCAGGCGCUCCACUAUCCCUGUUGCCACGCAAUUGCUUGUUGUGCCUACUCACGCCUUAAUUGGGCCUCCUAUGUUCACGAGGUCUAUCUUAUGAGUGAGGUGUUCAACGUAUACAAGCAGGGUUUUGUUCCGCCUAUCCCAGAAGGGCUAUGGCCCCCCUAUGCUGGUCCAACCGUCAUUCCCGAUCCUAACAUGAGGCGUGCAAAGGAAGGUCGUCCGAAGGCAACCAGGAUCCGUGGUAGUAUGGAUCGGACUGCCGAUAACCUGCCGAAGCGAUGUGGACUAUGUCGUCAGCCUGGGCAUACGAGGCGGAGCUGUGAGCAACGACUGCAUCAUGCUGGAGGGGGUUCUUAG